AUGGUGGCUCCGGCCGCAACGGGAGGGAUCUCGACAGGCGCGCAGCCGCCAGCGAGCCGUCAACCCGCCCGUUCCUCAAGCACCCAUCCGUCCCAUUCUCACAAUGUACCGUUAAGCAGUCGGCGUUCUGCACCCCUCGAUUUAUCGACAGUCGAGAGACGAGGACAACCCAGCGCACCCCGCGAGCCGACGAGUCGAGUCCGUCCUCACGGCCUUCAAGAGGCACCUACGUUCCGCCCAACCGAGGAUGAAUUUCGAGACCCCGAGGCCUACAUUCGCAAAAUCGCGCCGGAAGGAAAGAAAUAUGGCAUCUGCAGAAUUAUUCCGCCCGAGAAUUGGCAACCGACAUUUGCUAUUGAUACGGAGAGAUUCCAUUUUAAGACCCGCCGACAAGAACUUAAUUCGGUCGAAGGAGGUAUGCCCCCGCGUUCAGCGCUGUUGGCUGCCGGUGGUACUCCGGAGCUCAGUUCUAACCCAGACUCAGGAACACGUGCGAACUUGAACUAUCUCGACCAACUCGCCAAGUUUCACAAACAGCAUGGCACAAAUUUGAAUCGUUUCCCAAGCGUCGAUAAACGCCCCUUGGAUUUGUUUCGAUUGAAAAAGGCCGUAGAAGUCCGCGGCGGUUUCGAGCAGGUCUGCAAGAUGAAGAAAUGGGCUGAGAUCGGUCGCGACCUCGGAUAUAGCGGCAAGAUCAUGUCGUCUCUCUCAACUUCCCUCAAAAACUCAUACCAGAGAUGGCUCCAACCCUACGAGGAGUAUUUGCGCGUGGCGAAACCCGGAGUACAACAGCAGCUGGAAAUAGAGCAUGGCGGUCCUUAUACCCCUUCGCCCAACCAUUCGCCUAUGCCUAAGAACCCCACACCUCUCGAGGGCGACACAUGUUCCGUGACACCCCAUGGCCAGAUGAAUCUUUCUACCACAGCCUCGCAAAACGGCCCCCAAGAUGCCUCGGCGACUCCCGCAAAAAAUCCCACGCCACCGGUAGAACCUACACCACCGCGACCAAUUGCAUCUGGGUUUACGGCUGUAAAUACUGGCGGUUUUACUGCUGUAAACCGAUCACCCUCGUUCAUUGCAGUAAACAGCGCCCCGCCAUUGAAAAGGGAUCCCGAAUUGGAAAUCGCUACGCCGAAGAGUGUCUCUGAAUACGCAACAGACUUAACACCGUUUUCGAACGGUCAUGGCUCAGUUAAGCGCGCUAUUAGCACCGAGAGUGGGUCCCAAGCGGACGCAGGAGAACUGGAUGCCAACGGGCGAAGGAGUAAGAGGCUGAAAAAAGAUACACCUCUGCCGAUCGUAGCAGGGUCCCAAAUGACUCUUCUUCGUCCCGCGCCUUCACGCUCGAGAAAGAGUGACACACGGAAAUUUGGUGAUAAAUGUGAGACUUGUGGAAAGUCCGAAGAUCAGUCCUCGAUCCUGGUGUGCGACAGCUGCGAUCAAGGUUUUCACAGAUAUUGCUUAGACCCUCCUCUGCACCAUAUCCCCGAGUUCGAUUGGCACUGCCCCAAGUGUUUGGUUGGAACAGGAGAGUUUGGCUUUGAGGAAGGCGGUGUUUACUCUUUGAAGCAAUUCCAGGAGAAGGCCAACAACUUCAAGAAGAAUUAUUUCGCCUCCAAAAUGCCUUUCGAUCCCGUUCUUAACACUCAUCGACGGGAGUCUGAAGAUGAUGUUGAGCGCGAAUUUUGGAGACUGGUUGAAAGCCUGACGGAGACAGUCGAGGUUGAAUAUGGUGCGGAUAUUCAUUCGACUACUCACGGCAGUGGCUUCCCCACGGUCGAGAGGAACCCGCUCGAUUCGUACUCGAAAGACCCCUGGAACCUGAAUAAUCUUCCAUUUCACGGAGAGUCUCUGUUUCGCCAUAUCAAGUCUGAUAUCUCAGGCAUGACAGUUCCGUGGGUUUAUGUUGGCAUGUGUUUUUCUACCUUUUGCUGGCACAAUGAGGACCACUACGCGUACUCAGCGAACUAUCAGCAUUUCGGAGCCACGAAGACCUGGUAUGGAAUUCCAGGAGCCGACGCCGAAGCAUUCGAAGAAGCAAUGCGACACGCUGUUCCUGAACUCUUCGAAGGGCAACCUGAUUUAUUAUUUCAGCUUGUUACUCUCAUGCCUCCGGAUCAGUUGCGGAAAGCCGGGGUCAAUGUCUAUGCGCUUGACCAACGGGCCGGUCAAUUUGUUAUUACGUUCCCGCAGGCAUACCACGCUGGAUUUAACCAUGGCUUCAACUUCAAUGAGGCUGUCAACUUUGCGCCCGUGGACUGGGAACCCUUUGGUGCCUCAGGCGUUGAGCGUCUUCAGGCCUUCCGUAGACACCCGUGUUUCUCCCAUGACGAGUUACUUUUCACGGCCGCUGCCCGGGACACAUCAAUAUCCACUGCCAAAUGGCUUGCCCCAGCACUUCAAAGGACGUGCUCUCGUGAGGUAGCCGAACGAGCAUCAUUCGCUACGCGGCACCGGGAGGCAACGCCGCACACCUGUGCUUUAUUCUCCGAUGGCUCGGCUGUUGCCGGUGACUGCCGGCUACGGUUCUUGGUCGAGGAUAAAGACAUCCCGGAGGAAGAAUACCAAUGCCAUUAUUGCAAGUCUUACAUCUUUCUGACACAAUUCCAUUGCCACAAGUCCGGCAAAGCAUUGUGUUUGAUACACCUGGAUGCACAUGAUUGCUGUGGAGAGCCGUUGUCACAGAAGCUACUGGGCCCCGAUCACACACUCCGCUACCGAGUCAGCGAUACUGAAUUAAAAGAAAUGGUCUUGAAGGUCCAGGAGCGCGCCAGGAUUCCAGAAGCGUGGGGACAAAAACUCGACAAUAUUCUCGAGGAUGAGCCGAAGCCCCAAUUGAAGGUCCUUCAUAACCUGCUUAAUGAAGGUGAGAAAAUCCCAUACCAUUUACCUGGUCUUCAAGAUCUUGCGGCCUUCGUUCAGCGCUGCGAUAAAUGGGUUGAGGAAGCAACCAACUACAUUACGCGGAAGCAGCAGAACCGAAGGAAGAACGAGAAGGCCUGGCGCAAGACUACUUCCAAGGCCUCGCAGCUGGAAGAACGUGAUCGUGAAGUCCGCAGAGUAGAGAACAUCUACGCCCUUCUUACAGAGGCUGAUAAACUGUCAUUCGACUGUCCACAGAUGGCGGCUCUGGAAGAGAAAACCCGCGAGAUCGAUAAAUUCCGCAAUGACGUUAAGGCUGCGCUCGCGAACCCGCAUAUCCGGUCAGUACAGGAAGUUGAAGAACUCGUGGAAAACUCGCGGAAUCUCAACGUGGAGAUACCCGAGGUGGAGGAUUUAGAACAUAUUGUCAGACAAAUGAAGUGGAACGAGGACGCUGGACACAAACGUGGUCAAUAUUUGACUCUCAAGGACUGUCAGGAGCUUAUUCUGGCUGGUGAACAACUGGGACUUUCGGAGACAAAUGAGCAUCUCUCGCAUUUCAAGGAGCUGUGUCGUCAUGGCGAGGCAUGGGAAGCGAAAGCAAAGGAAUUGAUGUCGGUCGAGGCCGUCCACUACCAACAGUUGGAGGCUUUAUCUACGCAGGCGACCCGGGUUCCGGUCUCCCCAGAGACACUCGCCGCGGUAGAUGCAAUAUUGAUUAAACAACGUGAAGCCCAGAGACGGAUACAGAGCUUGUACGAGAGAAGCAAAGACCCGAAUUACAAGAAUCGGCCGAAUUACAAGGAAGUGCGCGAGUUAAUGGAGUCUGUGGUAGAGUUGAAUAGUCGGCCUACCGGCGCGGUCGACCUGGAGCGAGAGCAGAGACGCCACGAAGAUUGGAUGCGGAAGGGGAAGAAGCUGUUCGGAAAGGCCAACGCGCCUCUGCAUAUCCUCAAAUCACAUAUGGAGUAUGUCGAAAAGCGGAACUUCUAUUGCUUCGACUUGGAAGAUCGCUUCCGCCCGCCUGUCGAGCCAGCAUCGAGGGACAAUAGCCCUGAUGGCCAAGGAGAGCAACAUCAUUAUUAUGGACAGUCAACGGCGAAGCGUGACGCUUUUUGCAUCUGCAGACAUUCCGAAGCUGGAAUGAUGAUUGAAUGCGAGAUUUGCGGAGAAUGGUACCACGGAAAAUGCCUCAAAAUUGCUCGUGGCAAAGUCAAAGAGUGUGACAAGUACACCUGCCCUAUCUGUGACUGGAGGCAAAAAAUUCCCCGAGAUGCUGCUCGCCCGAAGCUUGAAGAUCUUCAAGAAUGGCAAGCCGAGAUUUCUGGGCUUCCUUUCCAGCCGGAUGAAGAACAAAUCCUGGAGAAUAUCAUAAACCAGGCGACAUCCUUCCGUGAGUUCCUGCAGCGCUACACCAACACAGCGUGCACUACGACCGAAGAGGUCCCUACUUUGGUCUUCUAUCUGCGCAAGAUCGAAGGUGCCGAAGUUCUUCUUGCAUAUGAAACCAACCUAUUCCGACAAGAGAUUCACAAGUGGCAACCGGUCGCGCCGGAGCCUCCGCCAAUUCUAGAGCAAUCUUUGUCGACCAGGAAGCCUCGGCCAACAAAGCAGCAGAAGUUAAUGGCUCGAAUGGGUAUACAAAGCCCAGAAGAGCUUCCCCCGCAUCUGCGCCCCAAGCAGCCAAACCCAGCAAAGCGCAAGUCCAUUGAUGCCCAAGCUGGCCGUCCUCCGAACCUGCAGCCAUCAUCUCAUAACCCUGGCGAUAGUGAUAAUGCAGACCCCCGCAUGGUGCCCACGUUAGCGCCAAACGAUACACAGAGCGCCCCUUACCCGUUUUCUGCAAGUUAUUCACUUCCUGCAACUGACACGGCGUCGGCAUUCGCACCUGAGUCUUCGGCCUUCCUGCCUCAUGUUUCUGCUGAUACCGCUUCGUUCCCUCCGAGAUCUCCCACCCCUCAAGGUCCUGCCUCUCUGUUUAGCCCGCCCCGUUACUCGCGGACUGCUCCAGGUGGUCCACCUGGUAUGGACGUCGUCGACCAUUCAAAUCCGUUCGGUAGUAGUCCUCGGAAUUUGGACGACGUGUUCGCCGAUCUCACCAACCAGGAUGCUGACCUGGCUGAGCAAUACCCCGAACCCAUGGAAAACACCCACGCUAAUGAAGCGCUGGAAUUACUUGACGUCGGCAACGACCGGGAAAACUCCGUGCCUGUUCCUGAUGGGGAGGUUGAAGACAAGCCGCACGAAGUCAAUGGAGCCGGAGCUACUGCAGCUGCUUAG